GAAAAAGAAGUUGCUUUAACGUACGACAAUUCGUAAGUAUAAAUAGGGGAACGUUGGUUAUCGGUAGCGAUGUCGGGAAAAGUACUAGUGGGUACAACGGAUUGAGGCGAUUUAAAAGCUAUCACAAUAUCGCGAUAUCGCAUGGACUUUCCAUAUUCCGCAAUUGCUAAUUUGAGCUUCACCUGGAGCCGGGUCGAUGGUGCCUCGGUCAAGGGUCCGGCCUCUCGAAGACUGCGGGGCGGCCGUGACGAUAGUACGGGUAGCGCGCCAUUACGUAAAGAACUUUGCCCGAGUAUCGCUGACGUAGUGUAAUUCUCGCCAAUCAAAGUCGCGAGUCAGGACCCCGCAAAAGCUUGGUUCCUUAGACCCAGUAGGACCCAGCUAGGUCCGCUCUCGUCCGGCACCCCCGCUACGAAUGAUAAGCUCGAUAAACGAUAAACCGUCCCUUUAUUACCUGUUAUUACCCUUAUUAUUCCUCAAAGGCCCCGUUCCUUUUAGUCACUUCAUCUUUUUAAACUUUCAUCUUCUCCUCUCGUCGAGGUGGAAAUUUUUCAACGAAGUGGAAUAGAAUCCAUAUAUCUGACUUUCUAAUCCUCAAGCAGCCAAUUAGCUCCCGGUUGUCUACCCCCGUGAUCCCGGGCUUACUGAGACUCGCCGGUGGCUAGCAGCGAAGCCCGCAUUCUUAGACGCAACAGAGGCAAUAAACGCAAAUAGAUAAAACGAUGGCUGCCCUUCGUCAUGGAGCCGCCCUCCGGCCCCUUUCCGCCAUCUCACGGCCUGCCAUCUCUCGAACCUUAACCCGCCAGUUUACUGUAUCGAGCGCAAGGAUGGUUUCCAGCUUCUACCCCGGCGAGCCUGAGGCUCCGAUAGUGAAGACGGACAUCCCCGGUCCGGCUUCCAAGAAGUACAUUUCCAAGCUAGACAAAGUCUUCGAUACUCGAAGCUUGAACAUGCUUGCUGAUUACACCAAGAGCGUCGGAAAUUACAUCAUCGACCCUGAUGGAAAUGCUCUGCUGGAUGUUUACGCCCAAAUUGCCUCGAUACCCGUCGGGUACAAUAACCCGGUUCUGAAGAAAGCCGCUGAGAGUCCUGAGAUGGUCACAGCGCUUAUCAACAGACCCGCAUUGGGCAACUUCCCUUCACACGACUGGGCCGACAUCCUGGAGACUGGUAUCCUUAAGGUAGCACCUAAGGGGCUCAACCAAGUCUUCACGGGAAUGGCUGGAUCGGACGCGAACGAGACGGCUUUCAAAGCUGCCUUCAUGUGGCGACGACAGCGCGACCGUGGUGGCCCUAACGUCGAGUUCACACAGGAGGAGCUGGAUUCCUCCAUGUUGAACCAGACACCCGGCGCCUCGGAGCUCUCCAUCCUGUCCUUUAAGACUGCCUUCCACGGCCGUCUCUUCGGUACACUCUCGACGACUAGGUCGAAGCCUAUCCACAAAUUGGAUAUCCCCGCCUUCGACUGGCCUCACGCCACCUUCCCCCAGCUUAAGUACCCUCUCGAGGAGCACGCUGAGGAGAAUGCUAAGGCCGAGGCUGACUCGCUCGCCGAGGUCGAGCACCUCAUCUUGAACUACCACAUCCCUCCCGCCGCUGUCAUCGUCGAGCCCAUCCAAUCCGAGGGUGGUGACAACCACGCCUCUCCCGCCUUUUUCCGGGGCCUGCGCGCUUUAACCAAGAAGCACGGCGUCCUCCUCAUCGUCGACGAGGUCCAGACAGGCGUCGGCGCAACCGGCAAGUUCUGGGCCCACGACCACUGGGACUUACCCGAGCCGCCAGACAUGGUGACAUUCAGUAAGAAGGCGCAGACGGCGGGCUACUACUACGGGGACCCGUCGCUGCGGCCCAACAAGCCGUACCGCCAGUUCAACACCUGGAUGGGCGACCCGGCGCGCGCUCUCAUCUUCCGCGCCAUAAUCGACGAGAUCCAGCGCCACGAUCUAGUCGCCAACACCGCCAAGGUCGGCGACUACCUCUUCUCCAAGCUCGAGGGCCUCGCCAAGAAGUACCCAGGCCAGUUCGACAACCUGCGCGGCAAGGGCCAGGGCACCUUCAUCGCCUUCGACAACCCGAAGCGCGACGAGUUCCUCAAGAAGGCCAAGAAGUUCGGCGUCAACAUCGGCGGCUCGGGCGAGCGCGCCGUGCGUCUGCGCCCCAUGCUGAUCUUUGAGAAGUCGCACGCGGACAUCCUGCUUGCGGCAUUGGAGAAGAUCGUCUCGAGCUGAUUUCGCUGAUUCGUCUCAUUUCUUGGAUAGAAGUGUGAAGCAAGGUACUUUUUUUUUCUUUGUUAUUUGGAUAGGCAUAUACGACAGGACAGGGUUAGCUAGGUCAAUGGCAUGACCUUCACGAAGAGACGUAGAACUUGAAACCUGAGGCUUGCGAGCUUCGGGGUAAGCGGGCAAGUUUGAUGAGGGGAAAAGGCGAAGGGCGAAGGUGAAGGUGCAGGAAGAAAAAGCCACAAGGAAAGGAAAAGGGGAAAAGAUUAUCUCAUCCACCCAACAUUUUUUAUUCUUUUCUUUUCGUCUUUUUCUCCCCGGUCAUCUUGCGUAAGAUGGGCGGCAAAUACGUGCAUUUGAUCCGGGAUGCCA